AUGCUGGGCUGGAGAGUGGCAAGAGCACAUUUCAUCCUGGCUGUGAUGUUGAUGCUGUGGAGCUCAGGAAAAGUGUUCUCAGUGGAUGUAGCAACAGAGAUCUUUGAUUCUGGAGUCAUGAAUGGACAGUCACAGCCCACAACUGGGGGAGAGAAAUCAGCUACUGAUUUGGCAGCAAAACUCUUGCUUCUUGAUGAACUCGUGUCCCUGGAGAAUGAUGUGAUUGAGACAAAGAAGAAAAGGAGCUUCUCUGGGUUUGGAUCUCCACUGGACAGACUCUCAGCAGGCUCUGUAGAUCAUAAAGGUAAACAGAGAAAAGUAGUAGAUCAUCCUAAAAGACGAUUUGGUAUCCCUGUAGAUAGAAUUGGUGGGAACCGGCUUUCAAAUUCCAGAGGUUAA